AUGCCUCGCGGAGCCGAAUUCGACAACGGAGUCCCCCAAUCCUACAACGCCAUUGAAACAGGCCCCAACAAAGCCCAUGGCACAAACCUCGGCUCAGACAUAGACCGCUCCAACAAAGCAACCGCUAUCCCAGAGGUAAUGGGCGGGAACAAUCUUGCCAGCGGCGGAGGUAGCACAGGUCCUAGGGCCAGUGGCUCGGGGAAGGGUGGUCAGGGGACUGGGGCUCGGGGUUUUUAG